AUGGAUAGAAAAGAAAAAGGAUAUAGCCCCCUCUGCAGAGCGUGCAUGGAGGCAGAGGAGACAGCCGCCCACGUCAUUCUCGAAUGCCCAGGGGUGGCAGAAUACCGGGCACAACACCUCUGCUCACCGGGGUCUCUCCCAGAAGUCGUCGGCAACGUCAAGGGCAUAUGGAAAGGCGGAUUUAGAAUAAGAUUCGAUUUCGGCAUUAACUUCGGCGGCACCUUCUUCUUCGACAUCCCGCGCACACUCACGGACGCCGUCUCAGAGGGAUGGGUGUCCCAAACCCAGCCCGACGGUCUGCCAGUCAUCUCUGUCUCUAUGUAUUGCUACUCUGACAACAUCGUGUGCUGCUUCUACGAUUCCAAUGGCGAUGUAGCUGGCAUGCAAGUUGCUCUGCCAAAAGACAAAUUCACCCCCUACUACGAGGACAUGGAUGCGGUGGGCUUCACGGACUGGACAGUGGAUGAUGUUGAAUACUACACUUUGCAGCAGUAUUUCACUACUGAAGAAAUCCUCAGCAGCCGCGCUACGCGUGCCAACGAGAACAAGAUCACUGAGAAUGGCGGCGUGUGGGUUGUGGGAACUAAUAAGGAGGUGGUACAGAUCUCCAACUCUACCAGCGAGAUUGUCAGUGAGGGCGUCUUCACCAUACAGGCCUGCAUUCCGUGGAUGGGCCGCCAUUACUACUACAAGAUGGACUCCAGCUUGAGCUGCGACGAGCCCAUUUUCCCGUGGUUCCCCAUCGUGGAAUCCGGCGAACUAGUCGCCACCGGCCUAAUGGUGUUCGGCGAGCUGAACCUGGACAGCGGUGCUAGGAACUGGUUUGAAAGCCCUGAUGAGUCUGCUGUGAAGGCGAUCGUCACUUCUGGCCCAGACUGCCUUUACGAGCUAGCUUCGAGUCCUGGAGUUGUCACUAUGCACAUUUACUACAUCGACCAGCCAUGGCUGAUAUCCUGCAUAUUCCAGUAAACUACGCCUGACCAGAGUCAAUAAAAGGUGAAAUAAAAUGUC